AUGUAUCAGGCACAUUUUGGUGACCGAAGCACGUUUGAAAAUGGUGCCGCUGGAGGCACACAGUCACGGUUUUUUGGUUCAGCCAUAAAUUCCUCGUCAUGCGCCUUGCGGGGAGGUUCGACCUCCUUGGCACCCUAUGUCUACAUGAUGCAAGCAAACUCUGGAAGAUCACCCGCUUGUAUUCCAGCUCAAAGUGUUCCGUCUGCGUCGCCUACUCCUUUGACUGGGAAUACUGCCGCUGUUACAAGUACUGCUUCGGCUGCUGUGUUGUCACCAGCUCCCCGUAGCCCAAUCAGUGCGGUGAGGGCCCCUUUUCCCCAGCCGAUGCAGCAGCAAACUGUGUUUAUGGUAAAUAUAGGCGAUGGGCAACCCAUUCCUUGUGUACCCGUCCAGCAAUUGGUCUUGGCCACUCCAGGCCCCUUAACUCCUCCUCAAUUACUUGGGAGUGAGCCUUUCCACACGGGCUAUAGCCGCAGCAGCAGUGGGAAUUUUUCGCUUGAAGGAUCUUCGAGAGAUGCUGGAGAAAGAGCCCUCUCUCCGUCAACGCCGGUCGGAUUCGUGGGUGAGGCGACAAUUCCUAGUUUCCAGAAUUCGGUUUCCCCGCUCGCAUCACCUACCACGCAUAUUCUUCCGCAUCCAAUGCCUUUUGCCUAUCAUUUUUCCCCAACUACAGUGGAGCCAAAUGGGAAUAGCUUGGCUUCACCACAAUUUGCCAAUGUUCCAGGCAAUGACUGCAGCAAACAAGCCCCCGCGCCUGCGCAAAGCAAGCCUGAUAUUAAUGGUAAUGAAAAGUGUGAUAAGGUCAGUGGUGAGUCACGCGUUGAUGUGUAUGCUCCUGACUUUAGCAGCAUUAUUUCUCUUCCAGUCUCUGCGAUUGCGCAGGUGCCACACGCGUCAUUGGGCGUUUCACGCUUGGUUCUAUGUCGAAAAUAUGUCCCUGGGCACCCGGAGAGCUGCUGGAAGGGUUCCAUGUGCAAGUUUGUGCAUGCCGAUACAACAGGGGCGUCGCAGUGUCCGAUUCACGUGAACUACUCCUGGCGAAGCGUGGAGCGCUGCACGUAUCAGCGUCUUCCACCUGGAGAGAUGAUUUUUGUGUUGGCCCCAAAUGGCCGGGAACCCGCCGAGACGUUUCCGAGUGAACGCAUUCUGGUUACGCGCGGUAGUCUCAACCGGAAAAGUCACGCGGGGCCGCCCUCGCGCUGCGCCCACUACUACUUCAACCGUCUAUGCAACCGAGGGGAGAACUGCAACUUUAUUCAUACCAUUCAUGUGGACCCGAACGUGGAGGAGGACUUUAAGCGUGCACCAGCUUCCAACACCAUUGCGCCGAUCAAAAAACGAACUGAACACUCAAAGCCACUUGCUUUCGAACGUUCCAGUGGGCUUGGCAAGGAGACUGCUGUGGCGAACAAGAAGAAAGCUGCCUUAACGUCGUGCUCAGUGGGACGACAGAAUGCUCCUUCUGAGGGGUUUGACUUUGCUGCCAGUAGCGGGGCAUCCGCCAAUCAGAACUUUUACCUCGCAGUUCCUCAGAACGCCACACGCUUGUCGCCUUGCUCAUCUUCGUCGGUGGGGGGUGGCAGCGCACGCAGCAGCUCCAGUGCGGUGACGAAUCCCAUUGAAUGGACAUUUGUGGAUAACCUGGAUUGUUCUAUUUGGUCAGACGGUGACAAGACGCCUCUGCUUCCUUGA